UGGCAGGCAAGACAGAGCAGCAAAGUGUGUCCCUUGGGAGACACCGUACCACCGGCUAAUGGGCGGCGUUUGUCCUCCAGCGGCUUCCGUACGCAAACAAAUAUGGCGGAAUAUACCUGUGUUAAAUCGACCAAGCUGGUUCUUAAGGGGGCGAAGCUGAAAAGUAAGAAGAAAAACAAAGAUAAGGGAAGGAAAAGAGAAGAAGAUGCCAAAGAUCAGCUGGAUAUUGUUGAAGGCUGGUGGACAGUGUCAAAUUUUGGAGAAAUCACAGGAACUGUCGCCAUAGAGAUGGGUAGUGGGACUUAUAUCAGUGCUCUUGACAACGGCCUCUUCACCCUCGGAGCCCCACACAAAGAUGAAGGUCCGAACCCUCCUGAACAAUUCACAGCCGUCAAGCUGUCUGAUACAAGAAUUGCACUGAAGUCGGGCUAUGGCAAAUACCUUGGCAUUAAUUCUGACGGACUGGUUAUUGGACGUUCUGACGCGAUCGGUUCCCGAGAGCAGUGGGAACCGGUUUUUCAAGAGGGGAAGAUGGCUCUUUUGGCAGCAAAUAGCUGCUUUAUCAGCUGCAGUGACGAUGGCGAUAUAGUAGCCAAAAGCAAAGCUGCAGGAAACGAGGAGAUGCUGAAGAUCCGGACGUGCACUGAAAGAGAAGCCAAGCGGAAAGACGACAUUCCAGAAGAAGACAAAGGAAACGUCAAGCAGUGUGAAAUAAACUAUGUGAAGAAGUUCCAGAGUUUUCAAGACCGUAAGCUUCGAGUCAGUGAAGAAGACGGCAAAGCUUUGAAGAAAGCUAGGAAGGAAGGCACUUUCCAUGAGGCCCUGUUGGACAGGAGAGCCAAGCUGAAAGCUGACCGAUACUGCAAAUAGCCCAAGUAAUGGCUGGCCUUUACUUUUCUUUCCCUUCACUGGUGGCUCUUCUGUGUGUGGAUUCUUUUGAACGAAAUGUUUCUGUCUGAGUAAAUUUUAAUUAUGUGAA